AUGGCCUCUGCAGACAAACCCUUAAACACUGACGUCCCUGAAAAGGAUGUUUUUGCCCUCCACUUUCUUCAAUCCCUCUCAAAUCUUAGAAGACAACACACUUUCAAUUCUCCUGACAAAACAAACCAUCGUGUGAAUAAGAUAAAGAAGGCUGCGUAUGUAUCCAUGGCCAGAGCAGCCGGAGGAACUAAUCGUCUAUGGAGCAGAGCCCUCUUGCGCCGAGCCGCCAAAGAAAACAACAGAGUCGUAGGACUUUCUAGAAGGAAUAAGAGGGUGACGUGGCUAAGGAGGAGGAGUAAUAACCGGAGAGAUCCAUUGGAGGAGAAGGAUGCGGAGAGGCUGAGGAAUCUUGUACCGGGAGGUGGAGCGAUGGAGACAUCAAAGCUGAUGGAAGAGACGGCUCAUUACAUCAAGUGCCUUAGUAUGCAGCUCGGAAAAGCAGUCUUUGAGUCCCUCAAGUGUGUUUUGGGAGUGAGAAGUUGUAGAUUGUUUACCCUCUCUAACAAACUGAAAAAGUUCACCAUCUCACUCACAGCCAACCCUUCACGGAACUCUUCUCUUGUCUUGAGCAAUGGGAUGAAAUGGGGACUUUGCGUUGCUGUUUUAUAG